GCCUCCCUCCCACUCUCAUCUCUCUCCCCCUGUCUCUCUCUCAUUCCUCCUCUCCCUUCUUUUUUUCUUUUUCUCUCUCUUUUUUCUAUUUCUCUCUCUCCUAACACCCCGCAAUCCAUCAUAGCCCUGCUCAGACGGGAGGCUUCAGCCGUCCUCCAAAAGCAAGCAACAGAAGCAACAACAACAGCAGGAGAAGAAGCAGCAGCAGCAGCAGCUUACAACAGCAGCCGCAUCCAGCCCCAUCCAUCCAGACAGCCACCCGGCAGCAAGCGCCAUGGCCCCGAAAAAAGCCGACCCGAAGAAGCCCGAGCCCAAAAAGCCCGAGGCCAAAAAGGAGGCUACUCCGACCCCGGCCAAGCCGGCCGCGUCGCCCGCCCCUGCCGCGGAGCCCGAUGCGCCGCCGCCCAAAGAGCCCGACUUUGACCCCAAGACCGUCACGCUGGAGUUCUCGGCCGACCAGAUCGAGGAGUUCCGCGAGGCCUUCCAGCUGUUCGACCGCACGCCGACGGGCGAGAUGAAGAUCACGUUCGCGCAGUGCGGCGACGUGAUGCGCGCCCUGGGCCAGAACCCCACCAACGCCGACGUGCUGCGCGUGCUGGGCAAGCCGCGGCCCGAGGAGAUGCAGUCCAAGAUGGUGGACUUCGAGACCUUCCUGCCCAUGCUGCAGCACAUCUCGCGCUCCAAGGACCAGGGCAACUUCGAGGACUUUGUGGAGGGGCUGCGCGUCUUCGACAAGGAAGGCAACGGCACCAUCAUGGGCGCGGAGCUGCGCCACGUCCUGGCCACGCUCGGGGAACGCAUGACGGAGGACGAGGUGGACCGGCUCAUGGCGGGCCAGGAGGACGCCAACGGCUGCAUCAACUACACCUCCUUCGUCAAGCACAUCCUGUCAGGGUAGACGAGGAGGUGAGACACAGAGGAGAGACUUCUUGUGCACAACAACAAAACAACCAUCCAUCCUUUCUGUCACGGUGUGGAAUGAGGUGAGAGACUUAUGCACAACCAAUAGCCCAAAACUCAACAUCCCUGAGUGCAUCAACUACACUCGUAUUUUUUUUGUCAAACACCAUCUUUGAAGGAUCCAUCAACCGAAACUCUUUCGUCAAGGACAUCCUGUCAGGGUAGGUAGGAGAGAGACAGAGAGACACACAACACGAGACAAGAGAGGACGACUUGUUGAGCACAACGAAACAACCAUCCAUUCAUCCACAUACGAGAGAGACUUGUUGUGUGCACAAUGGACAACCAUCAAUUCAUCCAUCCUGUCACGGUUUUGAUUGAGGUGAGAGACUUGUGCACGACAGCCCAAUACGACAUCAUUGAGUCCAUCAACUACAUGUGAUUUUGUCAAGCAAUAACCAAGGAUGCAUCAAAACAUCUUUCAUGAACUGCAUUCUGUAGGGGUGAGAGACAAUUAAAAAAAAUGCUAGUGCACAACACUAUCAACACUAAUAUCAAAAGUAAUCAAAAAUCAACAGAAAAGAAAUCACUGAAGCAAUUUGCAGUUAUUGGGAAAACAGUCAUAGUUUGUUUCUGGGCCACCAAUAUUGGCAAGUUUUAAUUAUUUAUUUAUUUUCUUUUUCCGUAAAAUGGGAGCGUGCCCUCUGUGUACCCAAAUGAUCUUGCACAUGUUGUAAUAAAUAAGAUCAUCAAC